AUGCUGCAUCCGGUGCAAAGCGAAGAAUGGAUGUCAGCGAAGGACCAAUACAAUGGUGGUUUAUUAUAUCAAUUACAACAUGGUAGUUGUGAAAUGCAUUCUGGUCGUCGUGGAUUUUUUCGUGGCUUUCGUGGAUUACAUCGUGGCUUUCGUGAAUCUUAUCAUGGCUUUCGUGGAUUAUAUCGUGGCUUUCGUGGAUCUUAUCAUGGCUUUCAUGGAUUAUAUCGUGGCUUUCAUGGAUCUUAUCAUGGCUUUCAUGGAUUAUAUCAUGGCUUUCGUGGAUUAUAUCGUGGCUUUCGUGGAUCUUAUCAUGGCUUUCAUGGAUUAUAUCGUGGCUUUCGUGGAUUACAUGGUGGUUGUCGUGGAUCUUGUCAAACUAAUCUUGGGUUAUAUUACGUUAAUCUACGAAUGAAGACUGACGAUGACGUUUCAAAAGCAAUGCUCUAA